AUGGCGUCCGGCAUUCCAUAUACCCCUAAACCCGCAACUGACAUCUUCACCCCGUACCAAACUGACAUUGACCGGCGACAAUGCAAAAGAAUUGUGCCCAUGAGAGUGCUGGCACUCGGUCUGGGACGGACAGGUACGGCCUCGUUGAGAGCCGCACUGAAAGAGCUGGGUUACACCGACACGUACCACAUGAUGUCCGCCAGCGUUGAAAAUCCCCCUGAUUGUCUCUGCUGGAUGGAUGCCUUUGCUGCCAAAUAUGAGGGCAAAGGGAAAUUCGGCCGGGAAGAAUGGGACGCUUUAUUUGGACACUGUCAGGCCGUUUGUGACUGGCCAGCCGUUGCGUUUGCCAAAGAAUUGAUCGAGGCAUACCCCGAAGCCAAAGUCAUCAUCACCACUCGAGAUGUUGAUUCAUGGCACAAGUCGGUCAUGAAGACGGUUAAUUGGCGUGCCAAUGACCCCGAACUGAAGGCGGUUGCCAAUUUCGACUGGGCUGCCGGCCUGUACCACCCCAUGCUGCGCAAAUUUUGGAAGUACUUCUUCUAUGACGAUUUUGAGAACCAAGGAAAGCAAAGGUUCCACGACUACUACAAGGAGAUCCGAGAACUCGUGCCACCGGGCAACCUGCUGGAAUACCGAGUGAGCUCGGGUUGGCGGCCCUUGUGUGAAUACCUCGGCGAACCUAUUCCCGACAAGCCAUUCCCACGAUCCAACGACGCCGACAACUUUGUCCAACGAUGCCGAACACAGAACCGCAAACAGAUGAUGAACGUCAUUUUCCGCGCUUUGGUUGUGGGAGUCCCUGUGGUUGCCACUGCUCUUUCCGCCACGUUCGCAUAUACUCACUACGUCCCGAGAUUCGUUCAGAAUGCGCCAUUGUGGACCACAGCCUCUUAA